AACACAUCUAUACAUACAUUCUCUAUAUCUAUAUAUCUCUAAUUCUUCUUCAAUCCGCCAUGAUUUCUGCAGAGCUAGCUCGCACAGCUGUCGGCAUUGUCGGAAAUGUGAUUGCUCUAAUUCUGUUCUUAUCCCCUGUGCCAACAUUCAUACAAAUAGUGAAGAAAGGGUCAGUGGAGCAGUUCUCACCAGUGCCUUACCUAGCCACUUUUAUAAACUGUGGGAUAUGGGUGUUAUACGGACUGCCAAUGGUCCACCCACACAGCUUGUUGGUUAUCACUAUCAAUGGCACAGGCUUUGUGAUAGAGACCGUGUAUUUGACCCUUUUCAUAAUAUACUCUGACCGUAAGCAGAGGCUCAGGGUACUUCUUAUAAUGGUUGUUGAGUUACUAUUCCUUGGUGUUCUGACUUCCCUUGUUUUGACCGUGGCUCACACCACCAAGCUCAGGUCAACUAUUGUCGGUUCUAUUGCCAUUGCUGGCAAUAUUAUGAUGUAUGCUGCUCCUUUAUCUGUUAUGAGACUUGUGAUUAGAACCAAAAGUGUGGAGUUCAUGCCGUUUUUCUUGUCUCUGUUUUCAUUGCUCAACGGCAUUAGCUGGACCAUCUAUGCACUGAUUCGCUUCGAUCCCUACAUUGUUCUACCAAAUGGGCUUGGAUCACUUUUGGGCGUAGCCCAGUUGGUACUCUAUGCAUUUUAUUAUAAGUCAACAAAGCGACAAAUGGCUGAGAGGAAGGCAAUUGCAGAACUGGGCUUGUCUGGAACGGGUCAAUCUAUCAGCUCUUCAAAGAAAACAAAUGUGGUCCAUGAUGAAUAUCCUUAGAAGUUUUUAUUAUGUAGUAAUCCCCUUUACAUUACACCCAAUAAUGGGAUCAUAAUUACCCAUUAUGGUAAAAACAUGCAAGUGCUAGCUAAUGUUGUCUUUUUAAUUACUGUUUAUUAAGUAAGUGCAAUGACUCAAGAUAUGUUCAUUUAAAAGCUCUUACAGCUAGGGAAAUAUCAAAAGAUAUAU